UUUCCAAUGAAACCCUAACUCUGGAAGCCAAGCCACAACAUGCUCUGAGAGGUGAGAAGAUUGCCAUCAACUGCCGGGCCCCAUUCUGGACCUUGAGGAGGCAUAAGCUUUUCAAAUUGUAUCGGAAUAAUUGGUUUAUAAAACAAACUAAAGAUGGUUCAUUCACCAUAAAAAGUGCAAAGCAUUCAGAUGAAGCAUCUUAUUGGUGUAAAUUAACAAUUGGCUCUCGACAGUGGGUUUCGAACCACCUAAGCAUCAGAGUAUCAGAACGCUUUGCCAAGCCCGUACUGAGGGUGGAGCCGGCGGCUGAAGUAUUUGAGGGGCUCCGGGUCACAUUGACGUGCAUUGCUCGGAGAACACGGCGCUCCAUCUGGCUUCACUACACAUUUUACAGAGAUGGCAGCGCCCUGGAGACAGCGCCGGAUGCUGGCGGUGUGUACACGAUCAACGCAGCGGCUGCAAACGUUUCUGGGAAUUACGCCUGUGAAGCGAUUGAGAUGAAUUCUGGUCCGAGGAAGAGGAGCGACAAUGUUCACCUUUACGUAAAACAGGCGUUCGCUGUCCCGAAGCUGACUGUGUAUCCUGAGGGACAGCUAGUUGAUGGCCAAUGGUUUAAGCUGAUGUGCACGGUUGAAGAGAAUCUCUCUGGAGCUUUCUUGUGGUACGGCUUUUACAGAAAUGGGAUCCCUCUCCAGUCUCCAUCCGACCACAGCGAUUACAUCUCUGAGCCAGCUCGCCCAGCCGACUCGGGUACUUACCAUUGCGAAGUUACGGGCAGUAAGGUGCGGAAACACAGUAAUCAGCUCCAUUUGUCCAUCAGGCGAAUUCCAGUGUCAAAGCCAGAGCUAAUAAUUCAACCCGAAAAGGAGCUAAUUGAAGGAGAUGUGGGAUCCUUAAUCUGUUUAGUCUCUCAUGGUUCUCUGCCAAUUUAUUACCAAUUCUACAAGCGCUCAGGCGUGGAAAUGUUCUGGGAGCUUUCCAACACUACCAAGUGUGUUUACAACAUUGGAGCCAUCAGCAGAAGGGACAAAGGGAUUUACCAUUGCUCGGUGAGAAAUGAGGUGACAGGCCCUCUUCAGAGUGAUGGCAUUGAGCUCACAGUGAUAGUUCCUGUCACAGAUGCUGUGCUGAUACCCCGCACCAACGGGACUGAGAUACAGCCCGGGGAAUGCCUUGUUCUCCGGUGCCUGGUGAGGGAAGGCACUGAGCCCCAGUUCAUUUGGUACCGAGACAACGUGCCGCUAAGGAACGGCAGUGCGAGCUCCCAUGUGACUGCCGAUGGUGGUGAGCUGGUUAUUCAUUCAUUCCGGAGAGACAGUGUCGGGAGGUAUCACUGUGCAGCGAUCAACACAGGAACCGACGGCACCAUUUUUAACGUGACCAGCGACUAUAUCGAAUUCACGCUGCGAGCUCGGAGUUAUUCCACGGAGAUCAUGGCCUCGCUCGUCCCAGUUCUGCUGUUCGCCGGCCUGAUCGCGUCGGCGUGGUUCAUCCACCGGAGGGGGCACACAGCCAAUUCCUCAACUGUGUCACAGGCCAAGAGAUCCCAAGCUUCUGGUGAAGCGGCAGCAGCCAGCAACCUGGAGUAUGCAGUAAUCGGAGCAGCACACAAUGCUGAAAACACCACUGCGGACCUGGAUUAUUCAGUGGUCACCUUUAAGAAGAGAACAGAUGCUGGUAAACAACUUGUUUCUUCAAUGCUACAACUGAACGGGUGUUGGGGUGAAAUCAUUGCGGCUCUGACA